GUACUCGGCUUCAGCUUCCAUGACCAUGAGCAACCUCUUGUGUGUUCAUUUCCCUACGUUAUUCCCGCUGUACCGUGUGCUCCAUGCAGCGCCCCUGAGAGGUCCAUAAUUGUUUCAUGUAACGUAUAAAAGCCCAAGUAUCUGUGAAGGAUACCUUCCAACGCAACUCACAGUCACCGAGAUGCAAUUCACUCUCAAAUCCGUUGCUAUCCUCGCCGCCACUAUUGGUAUGGCCAAAGCCAUCUGUCCUGGCUUCAACUACGGCAUUGCCGACCUUGGAGGAGGACCUCCGGGCUCUUGGAGGGUCUAUGACGAUUCUUGCAACCCGGUCCUGACUGUUAUUACCGACAACCCGUGCACGCAGGGCUCCUUUAGCUGUAGCCCUUCCCCUAUCACGUUCACUGGGUUACAUCUUAACGGCCAGAACUAUGCCUGCCGUGGCGAUCCCAGGUCGGGGUCCUGUGAUGGACAUGGUAUCCAAGUCUGCUGCCGCAACGACGGGAACUAAGGCCAUUUUCUCUUCUGUACUGUAUUAUGUAGCACGCAUAACAAGUUGACAAGAAGUCUACUUAGGCAGUA